ACCGCCGGUCCACUACCUUCGUUCGCCAGGCGAAGCCGACGAAACGAGGCGGAGCGGCCCGGGUUUGAUUCCAAACCGUUAUAUAUGGAGAUGGCUUACGCUUGGCUUGGUACGUUCGUCUUGUCUGUCGGUUCCUCUGGCUGUAUAUAUCUGUUUGCGGUGUCCCGUUGGUAUCCUCUCCCGUCUAGUCUGUUUCCAUCUCAUACGUCACUAUCCCGUCGUUCAUUCCUUAUUUUGACCGUCUGCCAUAUCAUCGUGGGGUUGCUCCCCAUUUCGCGACGCCUGGACCUGCUCCUCGGUCUUUUCCUUCCUCUCGAAUCUACCACCAAGGCCCAUCGCGCUUCAGCUUGUCCUUCCAACUUUGAAUCAGGCUACUCGCACACCCUUGAUGACACGAAAGGGGCCGGCGUUUCUCAGUACCUCGAGAUGAAAAUAUGGUCCCGGUCAUACUAGGAAAUCGAAACCCAGAUGACAAGAAAUAGACUCGGAAAUGAAACAACGAAAUCGUCCCAUCCACCUGCCCAAACGGAAUGCCCUUGCUCGUCGUUUAUCAUCUCAUGGCCGGUCCUGACUGAUAACUAGAAAAAGAAGCGGAGAAGAGGA